AUGACCGGUAUUUCUUCAAGUAAAAUUGCUAUCGAUGGCGAACCUGAUAAGUUUGUUGAAAGCUCUAAUUCAGCAAGCAAGAAGAAGAUUCAAAUUGACAGCAUUUUCUUUGAAUCAGUAAAAAUGCAAAAUCGACGUAAUCGAAUUACAAAUUUAUUAAGCUUACGGAGAAAGAAUUCUAAUAAAAUGGAUUACUCACAAAAUUAUUCGAAUCAAACAAUACGAGAUGUGGUAAUAAAGAAAGAAGAGAAGGAUUUAUUGCCAACUUCAAAGGAUCGUAAUAAGUCUGGAAGAAGUAAUGAAUUGCUUAUUGCAUCGUCAAUUAGUCAUGAAUUAAAAGCUGUCAAUAAAGCAAAUAUGCCGGCGCUUGAAAGCGAAAAAAAAUUGAUUAGUCAAGAAAUUAAAAGUCCAUUUUUACCACUGCAAGGCUGUACUUCCAAAAAUCAUCAAAUGAGAGAAAUCUUUAAUCAAGCUGGAAUACAAAUUGGAUCACAAUAUUCUGGUAAAUGGAGUAUAAUAUUCAUUUAG